CAGCGAUGGAAGGUAGCUGUUCGUCGACAUAAAGGGGUUGAUAUCAGUCCACAGGAGGACCCUCUGCGUACUGCUUAUUGGCUCUGCCCUGCUCCACGCGCUUGUGAAGAAUAUUAAUGCAGUAGACAACACUGCCAGCCUGCCUACCUACCCACAUAAACACCUCCCUUCACUUCUCCCGCUCUUGCACCAGUCUUCGCUCCCAUCCUCUCUUCCUAUAUACCCUCAACUGACGAGAAUACCUGCACGUCCUCCCUCGCCAUGACUAUCGAUCUCAUUCCCGAUGUGGGCUUGAAGGCCCUGGCCAAGCUGAAAGGCCGCACCCUCCAUGUGCCAGACCCUUCUCCAUGGUACUCGGACGUGCCUUCAGGCUUCAACCGACACUACGCUCGGCUGGUCCCGAAGGUGGGAGGGAUCCUAGAGAGCGUGAUACAAGAUCCAAAGGCCCUUAGAAAGGCCAAAGGCAUCGAUGUGGCCCACCUGACUUGCGCACUUUUCCCCGUCGCAGAAUGGGAUGUCCUCCUCAUCUUCGCGCACUACAGCGUCUGGAUCUUCCUCUGGGACGACGAGGUCGACAGGGCGCUCCCAGAGCUCCAGGUGGACCCCAACGGCGACGGCACCAGCCCGGCAGCGCCGCAGCCUACCAUCGCCUCCGACCUGAACCUCGGCAACGCCUACCGCGCCCAGUCCCUGCGGUACAUCGGCCACCACCUCGGCAUCCACGAGGACCCGGCCGAGGACGCCGCCCUGGCCGCUGGCGGCCGCUGCCGCUGCCGCGAGAACCUCGGGACCGACGCGCGCGGCGAGCUGGUCCCGCCCACGCCGGCCUCGGGCCUCUACGUCUUCAUGGGCCGCGAGUUGCGCGCGCGGUGCGACGAGGGCGAGAUCCGCCGCUUCUGGGAGCAGAUCUGCAACUUCGCCGCCGCCACCGCCGUCGAGCAGGCCCACCGCCUCUCGGGCCGGUUCCCGAGCCUGGAGGACUACUGGCGUAUACGGUACUAUGGCGGCGGCGCGCUCAUCCACGCCGCCCUUGCUGUCAUGAAGUGCGGUAACAACGCUCCUGUCAGCAUGUCCGACCUAUCAGAGCCGAUCCAGAGCCAGUUUAACAUCAUGCUGGACGAUUUCAACAAGAACGUGCUCAUUUCGAACGACAUCUUUUCCUUAAAAAAGGAGUUGACCGACGGCACUCUCACAAACAUGUUCGUUGUCGCCCUCGCCGAGGCGGACGUGGCAGGGGGCGACCACGCGCAGCAGAUCCUGGCCGAGGCGGUGGCCAAGUUCGAGGAAACGACGCGUGCCACCGUCGAAGCCGCGGACGAGAUCCGCCGACAGGCCAAACACGACGCCGCUCCUGGUCACGCCGAGUCCGCGGCCAAGUUUGCUUCCUCGCUCGAGAUGAUGCUGCACGGCUUCCUCACGUGGACGUUGUACACGGCCAGAUAUGGAAUAAAGGGGCUCGUCCAGCCAGACGGGUCUGUUAUUAUUAAGCUGUAAUGUUCAUUUUAGGCCACAGCCCGUAGCCCAGCUUGCACGCUCGACUUCGUUGUUACUACAGCUACAGUCCCAGCUACCAAGACAAUACAAACCCGUAAUUAACUCUCC